CAGGAGUCACCAAUCUACGUCACUGCCCUCCUCCUCGAUCCGUCGAAGCGAGCACGAUACCUUGAAACACACUGGAGUGAGGAAUGGGUAGCCGCUGCCGUUCGAUAUGGACGAGCAAUAUGGGAGGAGGAAUACAAGAUGGCGCCAGCCCUCGGGCCUGUGCAGCAGCCGAACGAAGCAGGCGGCUCGCAGGUGGGACACCCAAAUGACUUUGAUCGACUUCUGGAUGAAAUGAUGGUUGCUGAAGAUUAUUACUCGAGAUGUCGAUGA